GCGACUGAAGACAGCUUAAAGAAGGUCAUCCCUAAGGGAAGUGCCUGCAUCAUUCCAUUAAUUUAUGUCUACGUGACUCAGCCUCACUGUAUCAUAGCUAGGCAUUCCAAAGAAGAGUUGAAGGUUGAGGUGUCUUGCUAUGACAUUUUGAUCAAGGGAGCCUCUGAUCGGCACAUUUCAGCAA